CUCGACCCGUCUUUUGAUCAGCUCAGAACGGAAGAAGGUGGGACGCGACGGAAAAGUAGAUUAAAGAAGGAUUUCUCGAGGGGGUGGGCAUGUUGAAGAGAAAGAAUGUUUUGUUGACAUUUGACCGGGACAGACGGCAUUACAGUUGUUAAACGACGGACAAGGAGCCCUGAAGACCCAGGAAAGGACUGGCGAUAACCACCAUGACUUAAACCCUGUGUUCCCCACUAGACCCCUGACCCCCUCCCCUGUCCCCACCCCCUGUCUCUCCCCGGCCUCCCUUCCCCUGUCCCCAGCCUCCCCUCCCCUGUCCCCAACCCCAGUCUCUCCCCAGCCUCUCCUCCCCUGUCCCCAGCCUCCCCUCCCCUCCCCUGUCCCCAACCCCAGUCUCUUCCCCCGGCCUCUCUAACCCUGUCCAUGUGAGGGGUUGGGCAGCGCCCCCCUGUCCUCCCCCGCGAAUCCCUCUGGAGCCAUGAUGAGCCUCCAGAAGCAUCAAACCAUGGGCUCUGACCGGGACCUUCAGUCCUCCUCCUCAGUCAGCCUGCCCUCCGUCAAGAAGGCCCCCAAGAAGAGACGUCUGUCCAUGGGGAACCUGUUCAGACGGCGCCGGGACCCCAAGAGGAAGUCCAUGGAGCUCCAUGGGGAAGGAGGGGUGGAUGGUAUCGCCAGCAUAGACAGCAUCCGCUCAGACCUCACGCUGAACGAAAAGAACUCUGCCUUCUCAGUGGCCGGAGCUGCCUGCACCUCCUCCCUCAGGGCGUCCUCCUCCUCCUCCUCCUCCUCUUCCUCGCGGGGUCGAGAGCUGCUGGAGUGCCCUCUGUGCCUUCUACGUCACUCUAGGGACAGUUUCCCGGACAUCAUGACCUGCCACCACCGCUCCUGUGCGGAUUGCCUGCGCCAGUACUUGCGAAUAGAGAUCAGUGAGUCGCGCGUCAACAUCAGCUGUCCAGAGUGCUCUGAGCGGUUCAACCCCCACGACAUCUGCAUCAUCCUGGGAGACCAGCCCCUCAUGGAGAAGUACGAGGAGUUCAUGUUGAGACGAUGGCUGGUGACCGACCCUGACUGUCGCUGGUGCCCCGCCCCAGACUGCGGGUAUGCAGUCAUUGCCUUUGGCUGUGCCAGCUGUCCUAAGAUCACAUGUGGACGUGAGGGGUGUGGCACGGAGUUCUGUUACCACUGUAAACAGCUGUGGCACCCCAACCAGACGUGUGAUGCCGCCCGGCAGCAGAGAGCCCAGAGCCUGAGGCUACGCACCUUCAGCUCCUCGUCUCUUAGCUACAGCCAGGAGAGUGGUGCUGCAGCCGAUGACAUCAAGCCCUGUCCGCGCUGCGCUGCUUACAUCAUCAAGAUGAACGACGGCAGCUGUAACCACAUGACCUGCGCCGUGUGCGGCUGUGAGUUCUGCUGGCUCUGCAUGAAGGAGAUCUCUGACCUGCACUACCUGAGCCCGUCAGGAUGUACCUUCUGGGGCAGGAAGCCGUGGAGCAGGAAGAAGAAGAUCCUGUGGCAGCUGGGCACGCUGGUGGGCGCACCGGUGGGCAUCGCUCUGAUCGCUGGCAUCGCCAUCCCCGCCAUGAUCAUAGGCAUCCCUGUGUACGUGGGGAGGAAGAUCUAUAACCGCUACGAGGGGAAGGACAUCUCUCCUCACAGGAGGAACCUGGUGAUAACAGGAGCAGUCACUCUGUCUGUCCUCAUGUCCCCUGUGGUGGCAGGCGUCUCUGUCGGCAUCGGCGUGCCCAUCAUGCUGGCGUAUGUGUACGGCGUGGUGCCCAUCUCUGUGUGUCGCAGCGGGGGCUGUGGGGUCUCCACUGGUAACGGGAAAGUCCGCAUCGAGUUUGAUGACGAGAACCAGAUGACCGCAGGGAGCGGGGCGCAAGCUACUGACACGACCUCUGUGGCAGACACCAGGAACAACCCCAGCAUGGGGGGCAUGACGGGCAGUCUGAGUGCCAGCGGGAGCCACGUGGACCGGAUGGGGGGCAUGACGGGCAGUCUGAGCGCCAGCGGGAGCCACGUGGACCGGAUGGGCGCCAUGAGGGACAACCUGAGUGAGAACGCCUCCACCAUGGCCCUGGCUGGAGCCAGCAUCACCGGAUCUCUGUCUGGCAGCGCCGUGGUCAACUACCUGAACAGGUUGGAGGUCCAGGCUGAUGUUCAGAAGGAGAGGUGUAGUCUGAGUGGAGAGUCGGCCACCUUCAGCUUGGGGACCAUCAGUGACAACGCCAGCACCAAAGCAAUGGCUGGAUCCCUUCUCAACUACAGGUCAGGGCCCACGUUUGUUCCACUCGACUCUUCCUUUGUGUCUGGUGGUGUUUUGUGUAGAGACGGGACCAGUAUGGAGGUGCAGGUGGACAUCGAGCCGGGUAAGUCUGCUGGUCAACUACACGACCACACUAUGGAUGAUGGGAGAGACGCUGGGCGCUGUGGCUGGUCCUGCCACUCUGGAUGCCCCUCAGAGGGCCAGGAUGGCACAGCCAAGUCCUCCUCUUCCUCGGGGAAGAAGAGUAAAAGCAAGCUGAAGAAGGGAGGAGGCUGUAAGAUCCAGCAGACGAGGGAGGACAUGGACGCUCGUCUCCUUGAGCAGCAGAGCACCAACUCCUCAGAGUUUGACUCUCCCUCCCUCAGCGGCUCUCUGCCCUCCGUAGCCGACUCUCACUCCUCCCACUUGUCAGAGUUCAGCGGCGGCUCUGACCUGGAGAUCACGAAGACGUCCUGCAGCCACGGAUCCUCGUCUGACUACCACAGCCGCUUCGCCACAGUCAGCCCUCUGCCUGAAGUAGAGGGAGACCGGCUGGAGGCGUUACCCUCACCCCGAGGUGUCCUCUCCCAGCCUCACUCCCCAGUCUCCUCGCCCUGUCCCGAGGUGUCCGUCUCCCCGAGGUGUCUGAUAGCAGAGGAAAACAUCAACCAGGUGUGUCCUACGAAGGCAGAUUGUGACUGUACUACAGGAGGAGCCCUUCCCGUUGGACAGCUGCUGCAGGAGAACACCAACAACCUGCAGGCCCGUCCCUCCAGCCUGCUCCAGACCUCCUGUAUUCAGACUGCAGGCCCGUCCCUCCAGCCUGCUCCAGACCUCCUGUAUUCAGACUGACAUCUGACCUAAAAACACCAGUUUUUGGUUUCACAGAAUUUUUUUUUCUUUUUCUUUCUUCCCCAGAAGACAAAAGCUUUGAAUGGACAUUUCUGUCGUCCAGAAGCAGUGGAGAAACCUCAGCUCAGUCAGUAGGACUUGUUUUAAUAACAGCAAGGUGAAGGCUGUUGUUUCCUGUCAUGUGACCCCCAUUGCAGUGUUCUGACUGGCUGCUGUCCCUCCUCACAAGCAGGAGUGAAAGAGACCCACCACUGACCUCUGGGCAGACUGUCAGUCAAACUGGGGAUCAGGACGCAACGUUCAGGAACCUUCAAGCUCUCAAAACGCCAAGUUGAACUUUAAUAUGAACCAGGCAAUACUAUCCUUAGUGUUCUCUUCAGUUUUAAAAUGAGUUUAUAAUUAAGCCACUUCUGUUAAGUGAUGAUUUGUACUUGUUAUAAUUCGAUACUAGUCCGCUGGAAGGAAUUUAAAAGCCUGGUAGUAGUUUCUCUACGGCUAGCUGAGAGGGACAAACUAUUCUAUCUACGGCUAGCUGAGAGGGACAAAGUACUGUUGCAGAGUACUGUUGCUAGGUAGAAGUAGAGCUGGGUCUCUGUAAGGCCAUGGUUUAAAUAUCCCGAAGAUGGAUGAAUCACACCGAGGGUUAAUUAUAAUAGCCACAACCCACCAAUGAGGGAGUCACUUCCUCGAAAUUGUUUAAAAAAUAUUUUUCAACCGUCAGUAAAAUAAAAUUGUGUAUUUUUUUUUUUUUUCAGGCUGAAGAAGCUUUCACCUCACACAUAAUAAGAUAACUUUCACAUCUGUUAUAACCAAUGGUUUAUAUAUUACACUAGAUGACUGACAGGGGGCGCUGUGCUGAAGCCACCGUGCCUCCAUCUUGGCUCUCCCCCCUCCAUUGUAAAACAAUGUUUUGGAAGCUAAAGAAAUGUAUUUAUUAAUUGGUUUUAACAACAUGUAUUCCAUUACAGACACCUUAAUACUUUUACAUUCUAUAAUGUGAGCUAAACGUACAAAUAAAAGAAUAUGUAACAUUUUCCUUUUUAGAUUAAUGUUACUGUCCACACUAAAACAAAAAAAAUACUUAAAUACAUGUAAUGUUGUCCUUGAAACAUUUGAUUGAAACACUGCUCCUAAUGGAGAGAGCCAAAAUGGCCGACCGGUGGCUUCAAAGCCUCUUAAUGGCCAACACAUAUCAGUAAUCCAUCCCUUACUGGGGAGAGCCAAAAUGGCCGACCGGUGGCUUCAAAGCCUCUUAAUGGCCAACACAUAUCAGUAAUCCAUCCCCUACUGGGGAGAGCCAAAAUGGCUGACCGGUGGCUUCAAAGCAUCUCAAUGGCCAACACAUAACAUCAGUAAUCCAUCCCCUUCUGGGGAGAGCCAAAAUGGCCGACCGGUGGCUUCAAAGCAUCUCAAUGGCCAAUACGUAACAUCAGUAAUCCAUCCCCUUCUGGGGAGAGCCAAAAUGGCCGACCGGUGGCUUCAAAGCAUCUCAAUGGCCAACACGUAACAUCAGCAAUCCAGGGUUUAUAUACGUUGGUUAUUACUCAUUGUGCCUUUUUGAAAAGGAAAAGCUGUUUUUCCUCUUUCUAAUCGUCUGCAUCUCUCCACCUCUUCUAGACUUUAAAAAGCCAAAACAACAGAUUUCAGAUGGUCUCUGUUGACCAUGCCAGGAGAGAUACUAGACGAGUAGGGCUUCAUACUACUGUGGUAGACUUACACGUCUUGUUCAAUUGCCUACCAAAGACAGCACUCAGGCUCUUGAGAACUCUUGUUCCUGGUAACCCUUGACGACGUCUGUUUUGUCAUCCCCCAGACUCCACCUGGUGCAGCAUGUCUACACCAUGUGGUUAAACAUGUCAAAAUAAAACACAGGAAUAUAUACAGACUGAGUCAAAUAACAGGAGGCCAGAGUCUCCUGCUGUUAACCAGACUGGUUACAUAAAUGUACUGCAAUGCUCAGAGUGUAUGUACGGGGAUAUCAUCAGUCGUCCCCCCCACUCUAUUCCUGUCUGUGUCCCAAAUGACAGUCUGUUCCCGACACAGUGCACAGGUAGUGUACUAUCUAGAGAGUAGUGUGCCAUCAGAAUCACAUGGCGUCUGCUCCGUGUCUCCUGCCGGUCUGUGAAUGAUGACCUCUGGACUGAUUUAAAAUGCUGCUGCCUCUCCUCCCCUCACACACGUUGUCUGUGUUUAUUCCCUGAUUCAUUCUCUGCCCUGUCCAUUUCCUGUUGGUUUCAUUCUCUGCCCUGUCCAUUUCCUGUUGGUUUAAUUCUCUGCCCUGUCCAUUUCCUGUUGGUUUCAUUCUCUGCCCUGUCCAUUUCCUGUUGGUUUAAUUCUCUGCCCUGUCCAUUUCCUGUUGGUUUCAUUCUCUGCCCUGUCCAUUUCCUGUUGGUUUCAUUCUCUGCCCUGUCCAUUUCCUGUUGGUUUCAUUCUCUGCCCUGUCCAUUUCCUGUUGGUUUAAUUCUCUGCCCUGUCCAUUUCCUGUUGGUUUCAUUCUCUGCCCUGUCCAUUUCCUGUUGGUUUCAUUCUCUGCCCUGUCCAUUUCCUUUCCUAUACUUUAAACACUAGUGCCAGUUAGAUUUUCUCAUUUGCGCAGAAUGACAUUAUCCUGUCCCCAGAUCUGUGUUUGAUGUGGUAAUGACCAAAAGGAGAUGGACAGAGGACACACACAGAUCUGGGACCAGCCUAUAAUGGCAUUUGAAGGUAUCUGUAUAUUAGUUUGCUAAUUUCCUUUUACAAUGUGUGUAAAAUGCAUAUCUAAAAAAAUAAAUAUCUCUUAAACUUUU